GCGUGGAACUGUUUUCGUCAGCGGUCCUCCCUUGGUUUUGGUGCCUGCGAGAAGGAGCUGUCAGCUAUCGUUAGCUAGCAAAAAAAAACGGAACGAAAGGCUUCAGACAAGAACAGCGAAAGCACCAACGACGAAAAGCUGGUGCGUCAGAAGGGGGAGGCUCAAUUUACCGUUUCGUUUUUGUUAAACUCAUUAUUCAUUUUGUUUGAAAACAAACCCUGCCCCCUCCUCACCCCUAUUAUUUUUUUGUUUGCCCCAAAUACAUUAUUUUGUUUGUGAUACCUCCUCCAGCUUUGGGAGCAGUGAGGGGUCUUCAUGGCUGUUCGAAGAGGCCACAUCAGGUACCUAAAAGAGGUGUAUGACAUGUCCAACGGCUACGAGGAUCACAUGGGAGGAGGAGAUGAGGUGACAGAUGCCAAGACUAACCUGAUAGUCAACUACCUUCCCCAGAGCAUGAGUCAGGACGAGCUACGCAGCCUCUUCAGCAGCAUUGGCGAGGUGGAGUCCGCCAAGCUCAUACGGGACAAAGUGGCAGGUACGGAACACCUUGUCCCACAAUGCACUACAGGCCACAGUUUAGGGUACGGAUUUGUUAACUAUCUUACCCCUAGCGAUGCAGAAAGAGCUAUCAAUACUCUGAAUGGACUAAGGCUACAGUCUAAAACUAUCAAGGUCUCGUAUGCGCGGCCGAGCUCUGACACCAUUAAAGAUGCCAACCUGUACAUAAGUGGCCUGCCCAAGACCAUGACCCAGAAAGACGUGGAGGACAUGUUUGCUCGCUACGGACGCAUCAUCAACUCCCGUGUGCUGGUUGACCAGGCCUCGGGCCUGUCUCGUGGGGUGGCGUUCAUUCGGUUUGACAAGCGAGCGGAGGCAGAGGACGCCAUCAAAGACCUGAACGGACAGAAGCCCCCCGGAUCCGCUGAGCCAAUCACAGUGAAGUUUGCUGCCAGCCCCAACCAGGCCAAGAACACUCAGCUCAUAUCUCAGCUCUACCACAACCAGGGACGACGCUUUGGAGGGCCAGUUCACCACCAGGCUCAGAGAUUCAGGUUUUCUCCAAUGUCUGUGGACCAUAUGAGCGGUAUGUCUGGGGUGAGCGUGCCAGGGAAUGCCACCUCUGGCUGGUGCAUCUUCAUCUACAACCUGGGCCAGGACGCUGACGAGGGCAUCCUGUGGCAGAUGUUUGGCCCCUUCGGAGCCGUCACCAACGUCAAGGUCAUCCGCGACUUCAACACCAACAAGUGCAAAGGCUUCGGCUUUGUUACCAUGACGAACUACGAGGAGGCCGCCAUGGCGAUCGGCAGCCUCAACGGUUACCGCCUCGGGGACAAGAUCCUACAGGUGUCGUUCAAGACCAGCAAAGGCCACAAGUAGAGAGAGAGAGAGAGUGGGGUGGAUAGAGGGAGAGGGAGGCGAGAAACCUCACGCCAGGCUUCUAAUAUGGAGGGUAGAGGUGUAAAUUGCCUCAGUUUGACAAAACAAACUUGUUUUUAUAGCGUUAUCUCACUAAGCCCAUUCUCACUCUGCAUCUUUGUACUAGUCUAACAGAGAGUCUAGGCUGAGUUUGAUAUUUCUCUUGUUUUUUUUACUCAUGCUUUGGGAUGCUCCAAAUGUAGUUCUAAAUGUUUGUGGGGCCUCUAUCCUGAUAUGGUGACCAAUUUCACAAUUUAAGAGUAGAUUGUUUUUCUGUGAGACUAAACUAUUGUCACUAUGUGCCAUAUGAGUGGUAGAACCACGGUAGGGACUUGGAGAAGGAUGCACUACAUUCAUACAUCUAGGAUCCACUGUAGAAGAAAGCAUGCUGUGUCUUAGACGCUGGUUCCAGUGUAGAAAUAGAUGCCUUAAGUUACCACCCGCACACCCUGUCAACCCCAUCCACUGUCUCCAACCAUUCUAAAAGAAAAGCACUUUUUAAAUCCUCAUUAUAUAAUGUCAGAGCGAUAGUCAGCCGUUUUGACGUAAACCAUACAUUGGUCUUCGUUCACCUUGCAGAAUCCGUUUUAUACACAGUAAGUUAGGUACUGGAUGGUACCAUUUACAUAGCAGCGUGUGUGUCCCGUUUUGGGGGUCUUUUAAAAGUUGUUUCUCUGAGAGGCCAUGUAAAAAGGUCUGGAGAUUUUAAAGUAGGAAAGUGUUUAAGAAGGACCAAAGAAAUGGAAGGAUAUGAUCUAACUGCCCCAGGGCCCAUAUUCACAUGCUGAUCUAGGAUCAGUUUGGUCUUAUCGAUCAUUAAUAAGUAGGAUUUCUAUGGACAGGGAGGAGCUGCUCCUAGAUCAGCGUUCAGUCCCCUGAGAGGCUUUGUGAAUACGGACCCUGAUUUAUACAGUGAGUGGGCAGAUGCUUACCGUUAUGACUUAUUUUCCCCCACCAGUAAUAGUUUGGACAUCUGAACAACCGGUACUAAGGCUGAAUCUAACACAGAGUGGCGCAACACUGCUCUCUCUCUCAUCCUGUUUGCUGUUUUUGUAUAAAAAAAAGGUUUUCUCUUUAAUAUCUUUGAUGUUUUUCUUGAAUUUUCUUUCUGAGAGAAACUAACAACAUUUUUGUCGAAGCGUAGAUUACUGAUCGGAGAGUUGGAGAGCGUUUUUUGUAAUGCUCAUCUCGGGCUAAAUAAGAAUUGAUGGCCUUUGUGAUUUAUUUUUGUUGGUAUAUAUUUUUGUUGCUUUGGUUUUGUUUUUCGUCCUUUGUUUUGAUUGUUUUACUUUGAAUAUGCAAUCAUUAAAUUUUAUUUAGGUUUGACUCAA